GCGGGCAGUGCCGGGGACGCGGGGAAGCCGCUCCCGCCAGUCGCCGAGAGCCAGCCCCUGACGUCAGGAGUUUUCCUCAAAGUCAACAACAAGCCCCGCGGCGGCGGCGAAAACCGAUCGACUGCGGCCCCGCGAGGGAGGAAGGAGGGGGCGGGGAGGUGGCGGCAGGGUCCCUUAGGCGCGGCGCGGCCCUGCGGACGAGGCCGCAGACCCCAGCCCCGUGCGGGUCGCGCCCAGGGACCCAGAGCCUCCGCCUGUAGCCUCCCCGCCGGCGCGACCCGGCCCCCGCCCAGCGGUGUUUUCUGGUGAUGAAUUGAAUUUGUAGCCGAUAUCCGAUUCCCAUGUAGAGUCUCCGCCUCCUCCUCCCCCCCCCCGCCGCCCGCCCUCCUCCCGCCUCCUCCCGCCGCCGCCGCCACCCGCUCCAGCUCCGCCGCCCGGCCCGGCCGGCUCCCUCCCUCCCUCCCCUACAGCCCUUCGCCUGCCCUCCCGCCGGCCGCACCGGGCUCCAGGGGGCCAGAAGCUCUGCGGGGUGGGGGGAGGACAGGAGGGGUGGAGGAGGGAGGGGGGACCCCCGAGUCGCCCCCUCUCCUCCCCCCGCCCCCCCCCAGCUCCAUCAUCCGCCACCGCCCGAACAGCUGCGGGGCCGCCGCCGCCGCCUUUGCAGGCUGAGUCAUCACUAGAGAGUGGGAAGGGCAGCAGCAGCAGAGAAUCCAAACCCUAAAGCUGAUACCACAAAGUACCAUUUCUCCAAGUUUGGGGCUCAGAGGGGAGCCAUCAUGAGCGAUGUUACCAUUGUGAAAGAAGGUUGGGUUCAGAAGAGGGGAGAAUAUAUAAAAAACUGGAGGCCAAGAUAUUUCCUUUUGAAGACAGAUGGCUCAUUCAUAGGAUACAAAGAGAAACCUCAAGAUGUGGAUUUACCUUAUCCCCUCAACAACUUUUCAGUGGCAAAAUGCCAGUUAAUGAAAACAGAACGACCAAAGCCAAACACAUUUAUUAUCAGAUGUCUCCAGUGGACCACCGUUAUAGAGAGAACAUUUCAUGUAGAUACUCCAGAGGAAAGGGAAGAAUGGACAGAGGCUAUUCAGGCUGUUGCAGACAGACUACAGAGGCAAGAAGAAGAGAGAAUGAAUUGUAGUCCAACUUCACAAAUUGAUAAUAUAGGAGAAGAAGAAAUGGAUGCUUCUACAACCCACCAUAAAAGAAAGACAAUGAAUGAUUUUGACUAUUUGAAACUACUAGGAAAAGGCACUUUUGGGAAAGUUAUUUUGGUUCGUGAGAAGGCAAGUGGGAAAUACUAUGCUAUGAAGAUUCUGAAGAAAGAAGUCAUUAUUGCAAAGGAUGAAGUAGCACACACUCUAACUGAAAGUAGAGUAUUAAAGAACACUAGACAUCCAUUUUUAACAUCCUUGAAAUAUUCCUUCCAGACAAAAGACCGUUUGUGUUUUGUGAUGGAAUAUGUUAAUGGGGGAGAGCUGUUUUUCCAUUUGUCGAGAGAACGGGUGUUCUCUGAGGACCGCACACGUUUCUAUGGUGCAGAAAUUGUCUCUGCUUUGGACUAUCUACAUUCCGGAAAGAUUGUGUACCGUGAUCUCAAGUUGGAGAAUUUGAUGUUGGACAAAGAUGGACACAUAAAAAUUACAGAUUUCGGCCUUUGCAAAGAAGGGAUCACAGAUGCAGCCACUAUGAAGACAUUCUGUGGUACUCCAGAAUAUCUGGCACCAGAGGUGUUAGAAGAUAAUGACUACGGCCGAGCAGUAGACUGGUGGGGCCUAGGAGUUGUCAUGUAUGAAAUGAUGUGUGGAAGGUUACCUUUCUACAACCAGGAUCAUGAAAAACUCUUUGAACUAAUACUAAUGGAGGAUAUUAAGUUUCCUCGAACUUCUUCAGAUGCAAAAUCAUUGCUUUCAGGGCUCUUGAUAAAGGAUCCAAAUAAACGCCUUGGUGGAGGACCAGAUGAUGCAAAAGAAAUUAUGAGACACAGCUUCUUUUCUGGAGUAAACUGGCAAGAUGUGUAUGAUAAAAAGCUUGUACCUCCUUUUAAGCCUCAAGUAACAUCUGAGACAGAUACCAGAUAUUUUGAUGAAGAAUUCACAGCUCAGACUAUUACAAUAACACCACCUGAAAAAUAUGACGAGGAUGGUAUGGACUGCAUGGACAAUGAGAGGCGGCCGCAUUUCCCUCAGUUCUCCUACUCUGCAAGUGGACGAGAAUAAGUCUUUCAUUCUGCUACUUCACUAUCAUCUUAGAUUUAUUCCUGAAAAUGAUUCCUGGGCAUCAUCACCAGUCCUAGCUCUUACAGAUAGCAGGGGCUCCUCCGACAUCCCAGACCAGCCAAGGGUCUUCACCCCUCGCCACCUUUCACUCACAUGAAAACACAUAUAUACACAGACACACUCCAGUUUUUGUUUUUGCAUGAAAUUGUAUCUCAGUCUAAGGUCUCAUGCUGUUGCUGCUACUGUCUUACUAUUAUAGCAACUUUAAGAAGUAAUUUUACAAUCUUUGGAAGUCAUGAGCCCACCAUUGUUCAUUUGUGCACCAGUUGUCAUCUUUUGGUCUUUUAGUUUUUGUUUUUCCCUAACAGUGAAGGCUAAAUGAGAUACACUGAUUCUAGGUACAUUUUUUAACUUUCUAGAAGAUAAAUCAAAAACUAAUUAGACUAAGAAGAUUUAGUCUACACUUCAGAACAAGCAAUUGUGGAAGGAUGGUGAUGUGCAUAUGCACAAAUUUAGUUAAGGAUGUCCAAUCAGUGCAUAAAGUAAGUCUGUAUCACUAAGGUUUGGCUGGAAUUUAUUAGGAAGCACUUGAGAGAGAACUGAGUAUUACACACACACACACACACACACACACUACACACACACGUCUGUGUGUGUGUAUAUAGAUAUACACACACACAUACAUAAAUAUAUAUGUAUACAUGUGUAUAAAUAUAAAUAUACACAUAUAUAUAUAUAUACAUGUAUAUAAAUAUAAAUAUACGUGUGUGUGUGUGUGUGUGUAUUUUUUUUUUUUAAAUUCUUACUGGAUACUGCAGAGGAAGCCCGGUACCACACGUGGACAUCCAGACUUCACGGGCAAUCAUGGGCAAAUGGAUAUUGUUCUACCAAGAAAUGAAGGCAUAUGCACAGAAUCACAGUCACUUAAAGGGUCUCAUGAUACACUUUGUGCCAGAGGGCAUUUUCCCCUGUGCUUGGCAACCCUUUUCCCUUCUUGAUAUUUAUCACCUCUGAUGGCUGAAGAAUGUAGACAGGUAUAAUGAUCCUGCUUUCACCAAAAUUUGUACACCAAGGUAAACAGGUGUUUGCCUUAUUAGUUUUAAUUUUUUACUUUCAGUUCUAGGUGAAUUAGCUUUUUCUCAGAUGUUACAACUUUGAAUGUCCUUUUAUGGUUUUGUUUAUAUUGCAGUAGUAUUUAUUUUUAGUGAUGAGAAGUAUAUGUCAUGUUAGCAAAUGCAGCUCCAACUUACAUGAAAUAGACUUACUGCAGUUUCUUUUGACCCAUGUGCAAGAAAUAUACAUGCUGAUGAGAACCAUGCACUUUUUCUCCUAUGUAAAAAAAUUUGAUAAGGUUCUGAAAUUGUACAGAUUGAUUAGAAUUUGGCUUUUGGAGAAGAGAUGCUAUCAUUUAACCCCUUGGUGCUGAAAAUGCGAAAAUCCUCAACUGUUUGUGCCAAGGGGUUAAUGAAACAGAUAUUGGUGUUUGCUCACUUGAGAACUGAAAUAUUAGGAGGGCCUGGCAGCAUAACAUAAGGAAGAAAAUUGAGACCCAAAUGAUGAUAAGAAAUGACAUUUACUCAGAAAAAUGAACAUAUCGCAAGUAUUUAUGAAGUAGGCAGUAAAGGAUAAGAACCUGGUGUGUUUACUCUGAUCAAGGUACAUUUAUCACUGAAUUAAGCCAUCAGGGAAAACAAAACAAAACAAAAAAGAACACCUCUAGCUUUUCUUUUUCUGUACAUAUUCAUGUCUCCAAAUCCCAACAUUUUUCACUGAGAGGGGACAUGUAUGCAAACCUCAUCUUUCUCCUUCAUUAAUGAUGACCUUCAGAUUAAACCCUUUGGUGCUAGGAGCUGACAUUUUCCAAAGCAGCCUAUGAAGUCCAGGGGCAGGGUCCCUUCUUGCAGCAAGCAUGAGGGCAUCCCAUCCCAUGGAGUGAUUAUGGAAAUGUGUACUAGAUAAACUGACAGCUCCCAAAUGGAAGACUACAGAAUGAUGUAGUAUUAUGAUUGCAUUGUAUGAAAGAGCAAGUGACUUUCUAAGUAGGAUGAAUCAUGUUCAUGUGCAGAUGUCUUAGCCUCUUGGCUCUGGAAGUGUGGAUUAUAGCUCUUAAGCCACUGCUGGCGGUGGGCAGGCCACUGGGACUGAUGGGGGUUAAAGGGCAUUUUACUAAGGCAGCUAAGACAUAUUCAGACAUAGACUUUAUCCUAAUUUUUCAUAUUUCUACUUGAGUGAAGUUCAUUCUUAGUAUUAAGUAGGAAGUUACAGUAAAUGGUAGUUUAUUCUUAUUUACAUCUAUAGCUUAUUUUUUUUUUCACUUGGAAUUACAUUGAAUGUUCCACAUUGACAAGAAAGUAGACUAGAAGGUUUGUCCUUUAAGUUGUCUUGCAUCCAAUAUAUAAGAAAGAAACUGGUGAGAGGAAGACAAGGAAACUGAGACUGGCUGAUGUUCAGAGCAUUUGGUCCUUCAGAGGGAAAGCGUGACACUGUACACUAAGCACAUAGCUUUUGUUUUGGUUUUUGCCCCCAAAUCUUAAGGUGAUUUCCAUGACAUUGGCCAAGGGUACUUCCUAAAGAUCAAUGACAGGCGUUGAUAAUGCCCCAGGCUGGCCACUGCUCUCACAGCUGGCCCUCAGUCCCCACCAUGUGCAGUGCUCAGUCUCCCCUUCAUGGCCUCGUCAGUGUCAAACGAGGUGUGUUCUUGGCUUUGAUUUCUAGGAUCCUUUCCUUUUACUCCCAGAUCUCAAGUCAUCUGGCAUGGAGGCAUGAUGGAACACAGAAGGGUGUGCAGAGGGAGAUUAUGAAGCAUCCCUGUGUUGCCCAUAGCUGUAGUUUUGUAUUUUGGCAGGUGGAACAGCCUGACACCUAGAAUCAUCCUGUUGGAAUACAGUUCCAACUUUGUGAAUUCCAGCUCAUACUAACUGUCAUGAAGUGCGACCUCUUGUCAUAAUGCAGCCAUCUUGGAGGAAAUUGGCCACUUCUGCUUGGAUUGUUGGCAGGGUUGCUCACAGCUUUGCUUUCUAUACUAAUUACACAGCAUUAUUCCAGUAUUGUUUUCCAUUUCCCAUAUCUGAUUUCCGGCUUCUUAAAGCUGACUGUUCUUGCAGGGGCCACUUGCUUCUCCUAGAGUACAAAAGUAAGGGCCUUCCUUACUAACUGCAGGGUCUAUAUACUACACCUCAAUGUACACACUUUGCUGCUACCGUUUGUACUGUCUACAGUAGAAUUUCCUUAUCUUGCUCCUGGUAGUGCAUUACAGGCAAGCAUGAAAUGUAAAGUAUUUAUUUAAAUAAAAAGAAAACCUCUAAAUUGGUAAUUGAAUUACCUCCCUGUAGCUUUAUAGUUUGUGACAUUUCUUGACCUUGCUAGUUCUUUCAUUAGAUCCGCGCAAGAUCUAGUCAUCUGGUUAAGGAUUUUAAGCAGACGCAACUAUGAACCCAAGAAACUGUAUUACUAUUACUGUUGGUCAUACUAAAACUGUUUAUUUCCUUAAGUAUAUGACCCACAAGGAUGUGAAAUAACUACAAGAAACUGUUUUUGUACACUGUACAUCCUUAGUAUUUUUACACGUAUAUGAUAGGGAUGCACAUUAUUUUCCUUCGUACAGACAGCUUAAAUAAAGCACUAUGUCAAUCUGCUA